AUGGACAGCAGCAGCAGGUACAUAAGCAACAAAAGCAGCAGCAGCAGCAGCAGCAGCAGACACAGCGCAUACUCUAGCAGCAGCAGCAGUAAAAAAGCAGCAGCGGGAGCGACACAGAGAAAAACAGCAGAGGCACCAACUACAUCCGAAGCAGCAGCAGCAGCAGCAGCAGCAGCAGCAGAAGCAGCAGCAGCAGCAGCAGCAAGUCAGGCGCCAGCAGCACGAGCAAUCGCCGGACCUUCAGCAGCAACGGCGAACGCAGCAGCAAUUACAGCUACACAUGCAGCAGCAAGCGCAGCAGCAUCAGCAGUGAGAAGAGCACAGACAGCAGCAGCAGCUGCUGCUGAAAAAGCACCAGCAGCACCAGCGCAGCAGCAGCAGAAGGAGCAGCAACAAGAAGAACAACAAAGACAGCAGCAUUAA